AUGCUGCUACGGCGGUCGGUCCUCUCUGUGCGUUCUCCACACGUCCUUGCACGGCACUUGAGUGCUUCCACCUCCUUCGAUUCCCCUCUACGUCGUGUAUGCGUUGUUGGCUCUGGUCCUGCAGGUUUCUAUGCCACUAAAUAUCUGCUAAAGGAGUAUGCCGGUGCACAGGUCGACAUGCUCGAGGCUUUACCUACGCCGUUCGGCCUCGUCCGCUCUGGCGUUGCACCCGAUCACCCGGAGGUAAAGAGCGUUAUAAACGAUUUUCACAAGGUUGCGGCCGAUACGCGCUUUCGAUUCCUAGGAAACGUGCGUGUGGGUGAGGACGUGACUCUCGCCGAGGUACAACAGCAUUAUCACGCCGUCGUAUUGGCUUACGGCGCAGCGGGAGAUCAUAAACUGGGUGUUCCAGGUGAAAGUUUGAAGGGUGUCAUGUCGGCUCGUACGUUAGUGAACUGGUACAAUGGUCAUCCGGACUUUUGUGACCUGGAGCUGGACUUGAAGCAGAUUGAGACGGCGGUUAUUAUCGGGCAAGGGAAUGUGGCUGUGGAUUGCGCUCGGAUUCUUACCAAGAACGUGGAUCAACUGGCUAUGACCGACAUUGCUGCUCAUGCGAUGGAUGUGCUGCGAAACAGUAGUAUCAAGAAGGUAUUUCUUGUGGGACGACGAGGGAGUGCACAAGCGGCGUUCACGAUGAAGGAGAUUCGAGAGUUGACCAAGCUGGAUGACGUGGCAUGCAUUAUUGACCCUGUUGAUCUAAAAUGCAGUAUGACGUCUGCUUCCAAGCAGGAAAUCAAGGAGCAACGCGCUCGUAAACGUAUGAACGAUUUGCUAAGUAAAGCUGCCGAUCAGUUUGAACAAGCUGGAGAUGCCAAGCGCGUUGUGCAAAUCAAGUUUUUGAGAUUGCCGACGAAGAUCGUUGCCGAUAAGAAUGACCCAGCGCGUGUGGGGUCAAUUUGUCUGGAAAAGAUGAAGCUGGAAGGGGAGCCAAACCGGCAGCGUGCUGUGGGAACUGGAGAGUUUGAAGACAUUCCAUGUAACCUUGUGCUGCGUAGUAUUGGCUACAAAGCACAGCCCCUCGAGGCGGAUAUGCCAUUUGACAAGUGUCGCCACGUAGUUUCCAACGAGCAAGGUCGUGUUGUCACUACUUUGGGCGGUGGUGAGAAAAAGACUGCAGUAGGCUUGUACUGCACCGGGUGGGUAAAGCGUGGUCCAUCUGGCAUUAUAGGCACCAAUAUUAUUGACGCACGAGAGACGGUAGGGUGCAUUCUGGAGGAUUUUGCAACGGGAAGUUUUCUUCAUAGCGAAGAUAGCGCCGAUGGCAAGUUGGGUGGAUUGGAAGCCGUGGAAAAGCUGAUCAAAAAACGUAACCCUGACAAGCAGCUCGUCAGAUGGGCUGACUACGAGCGUCUCGAUGCCGAGGAGAAAUACCGCGGUGAAAUGGUCGGGAAAUCACGUGAGAAGGUGACAUCCGUGACAGAGAUGCUCAAAAUCGCGAAAAGUAUCUAG